AUGUUUCGUCAAGUGAAGAUGCAUCCUGAUGAUUGGAGAUUUCACCGUAUACUCUGGCUCGAUCAUAUGAAUGAACUUCGUACUUACCAACUCACAACAGUCACAUAUGGAUUAGCUUGUGCUCCAUAUCUAGCAUUACGCACUUUACAACAGCUUGCAGAAGACGAAGGUUCACGUUUUCCUCUAGCGAUUACAUCCUUAACAAAGGGACGUUAUGUAGAUGACAUUUUUGGAGGAGCUGACUCGAUUGAGCAAACUAAGGAAAUCGUUACUCAACUUAACCAACUUUGCAUGGCGGGCGGCUUUAACCUUCAAAAAUGGUCAAGCAAUCAAGUAGAAGUAUUAACCGAGAUCCCUGAAAAGAAUCGGAUUGCACAUUUUGCGGUUAAUAUCAAAGAUAACGUAGCUGUAAAGACUCUCGGUUUACAUUGGAUAACAACAACGGAUACCUUUCAAUUCACCUUUAAUCUUUCAAUUCCGGACGUUAUUACAAAAAGAGUUAUUCUAUCCAACAUUGCUAAGUUAUUCGAUCCUCUGGGGUUUCUCGCACCUGUAAUUAUUACUGCAAAGAUUUUCAUUCAACAGCUCUGGUCAAAUAAAUUAGGUUGGGAUGAUCCUUUACCAGAAGCCCUAGCAUUAAAAUGGACGAAUUUUGUAAUGAGUCUCCAAGACACUCCUCGUCUUACGUUCCCAAGAUGGAUCGGAUACAUGUCUGAUCUAAAAAUUGAGUUACACGGAUUUUGUGACGCGUCUCAACAAGCAGUGGCAGCGGUUAUUUACAUACGAACUGAAAAUCAAAAUAGAGAAAUAAAAACUGCGUUAUUAUGCUCGAAAACAAAGGUAGCUCCAAUGAAAAAGUUGACAAUACCUCGUUUGGAAUUAACAGGAGCAGUGUUACUAACCAAGUUAGUUUCACAUGUGUUAAAAGUACUAAAUCUAAAAAACGUGCCUCUUCUCCUGUGGACUGAUUCCACAAUCACCUACACGUGGCUGAAUCACCACCCUUAUCGUUGGAAGGAUUUUGUUCAUAAUCGAGUCUGUUACGUACAAGAAGUUUUGCCUCAAGCAGUAUGGAAAUUUGUCCCAGGAGUUGAGAAUCCAGCAGAUCUUGCCACACGAGGUUUAACCCCCAACCAACUGUCACAGAUGUCGUCAUGGUGGACAGGACCACACUGGCUCACUUUAUCACCUUCAAGUUGGCCCACGGUAGUUCCAUCACAUUCUUUCGAAAAAGGGUCCUUGGAAGAAAGACCUACUAAAGUGACCUCAAAUACUAUCAACACUGUUCACUUGUGGGAUCUAAUAAACCGAUACUCUAGUUUAAUGAAAUUGUUACGAAUCACAGCAGUAUGUAAGCGUGCUAUAUCUUGUUUUAAGAAAAAACCGGAUUCGUCUCUGUCAAGCCCACUUUCAACUACGGACUUAGAAAACGCGAGGCUAUUUUGGGUCAAGCUAAUUCAGCAAUCCUAUUUCAGUCAACAAAUUAAACUCCUUACAAGAGGACUUUCUUUGUCCGCUUCUGAUCCACUCUUAAAAUUGACUCCUUUUCUCGAUUCUUCAGGACUUCUCCGAGUGGGAGGUCGUCUACAAUAUUCACUACUACCCUCCUCAACAAAACAUCUACUAAUCCUACCGAAGGAGUCGCCAUUAUCAACCCUAAUUAUCGCCGAUGCUCAUUCUCGUACUCUACAUGAAGGUACGCAACUCACUCUUAAUUAUAUCCGAAAUGAUUAUUGGAUAGUAGGCGGAAGAGUUCCUGUACGUGCAUUUAUUUUCAAAUGCGUUAGAUGUACUCGUUAUAGACAAAAGCGAGCUCAACAGUUAAUGGGACAACUCCCUGUGGAAAGAGUUACACCAACUCGCCCAUUUCUUCAUUCUGGUGUCGAUUACGCUGGACCCUUUGUAUUGAAAACGUGGAAAGGACGGAAUCCUCGCACUUACAAAGCUUAUAUUGCUCUAUUUGUUUGUCAUUCUACUUCAGCAGUUCAUUUGAAACUAGUUACAGAUUACUCUGCCGAAACCUUUAUUGCCGCAUUCAAAAGAUUUACUGCAAGGAGAGGAAUAUGUUCUACAUUAUCGAGUGAUUGUGGUACGACGUUAAAAGGAGCCGAUGCGGAACUGCAAAGACUGUUCAUCAAAACCACGCAAGAAUCAGAAAAAUUAGCGACAUUACUGGCGAACAACGGAACUCAAUGGAAUUUUAACCCCCCCGCAGCACCUCAUUUCGGAGGAAAGUGGGAAGCAGGAGUUAAGUCCGUUAAGUACCAUCUUCAUCGAGUGAUCAGAGAUACGUCUCUUACAUAUGAGGAAUUGUACACACUUCUUACUCAGGUGGAAGCUACAAUGAAUUCAAGACCUCUUAGCGCACUCUCUGAAGAUCCCGAAGAUCUUAACGCUUUGACUCCUGGACAUUUUAUCAUGGGUUGUGCACCAUCCUUGAUUCCUGAACCAUCGCUGAAAACCGUGAAAUUGUCACAUCUUUCGAGAUGGCAACUCAUCCGUCAAAUGUUGGACAGUUUCUGGACUCGGUGGUCGAAAGAAUGUCUCCAACGUUACUACGCACGAUACAAAUGGAACAAAGUAGUUCCAUCCUUGACUGUUGGGAAUUUAGUUCUCGUAGUUGAUGAACGGUACCCACCAGCGAAAUGGCCAUUAGGACGCAUUAUUCAAACUCAUGAGGGUAAAGACGGUCUAACUCGAGUUGUCACUGUACGUACUCAGACAUCUAUUUUAAAGAGGCCUAUCGUGAAGGUGUGCCCACUACCGAUAGACGUACCCACUCUGUAA